UAAUGUCCUAAAGGAAAAAAAAAAGAGAAGCAACACCUACUAGAGUUGCUUUAGUCUGCUUAAAGACGACAUAGAAUAAUAUCUAAAUCAAUAAUCAAUCUUUAUUAAAAGUUUUCUCCAAGCAUGGCUCUAUUUCAAAAGUAUUCCAAAAUAGUGAUAUAUAAUAUAAUAGAUUUUAAUAUUCGAAAGAGGAUAGCUUUAAACAAAAGUUUUUAUUGAAUAUGAUGAAGUUGAUUCAGCAAUUGAUGCAAUCAAGUAAGGAUUCAAAAUUAUAUUGUAGAUCUCUAAACAACACAAAAAUCUUAAAUCAAAUUUCGUGCAAUGUUUAUCAUUCUAGAUUAAAAUAACUAAAGCUCGAUACUGUUCCAUAUACUAAAGGUCUUGAUUUUACUAACCCUCCUUCUAAUUAAAAUGAUUAAAUUGAUAAUAAUGAAGAAUAAUAAGAAAUAGCCACUAUCAACCAAUGGGAUGAUUUUUAAUUUGAAAACAAUUCAACAGAUGAAGUUUCUGAUGAAGAAGAACCUUAGUUUUCAGAAGAGAAAAUGAUAGAUAUUAUUUCUAAACUCAAUCAAAUAGAUGAUGAAAUUAAUGAAACUAUUGAAACUAAAAUUAUUAAAGCUUUGGAUAAGUUGCACUAAAAUACAAUGUGCAUUUAAGUGUUAAUUACAUAUGAAAUACUAAAUGAUUUAAAUUUUGUUAUCAAAAUAUUUUGUCUCUUUGGAUAAAUUGUAUAAUUUAAAUUUAUAUUUAGAAGUAUUUAAAAUAAAGCUAAAUUUAUAUAUACAUCAAAUAUGGCUCAAAUCAAGAAUGUUAAAAAGCAUUUUAACUCCUGAAAGAUUAUUUAGAUAUAAAGCUUUAAUAUAAUUUUGAAAAUCUUCAUGGUAAAUUAAUCCAGCCUAAUAAUAUUAAUAAUUAAAAAAUAUCUGAAACUAUCGAUAAUCAAUCGGCCAUCUAAGAAAUUUUCUAGUCAUAUAAAAUUAUUAAACAGUAGAACAACAGUUUAAUUUAGAUUAAAUAAUGA